AAGAAAAAAACGCGAUAUUUCAACUUUUGCGGCGGUUCUGUGAUCGCAGAAAACAAGGUUCUGACAGCGGCGCACUGUCUUACAGAAGACGGAAAUGUGUGCCAAACUUUAUGUAAACAAUAUAAUAUGAAAAGCUUAAAGAAGUUGUAUGUUGUGGCGGGGACCCUAAGGAACAAAGCAGCAUUCCAAAAAGACAAGAAAGGUACUGAGCAGUGGAGAACGAUAACACGUGUUGCUAUACCGAUUGGUUACUGGUUUCCUGAAAACGACAUAUGCAUAGCAUUUACAAAGAUUAAAUUUAAAUUCAACGAUUAUGUAAAGCCUCUGCCCCUUGCCUCGCGUAAAAUGGAAUACGGUUCUAUGGAGUGCGUUGCAUCAGGCUGGGGAAAAAUAAAUGAAAAAAAAGCUUCAGACAUAUUAUUGUGGGCUAAUCUACAGCUGAUACCUGGUUACCAGUGUUCACGCAUGCAUAACAAAAAUAUGCGCCACUUCAUAUGCACUCAGUCUAACGUAUCGAGUGUGCUACAGGGUGAUUCAGGAGGACCACUUGUAUGCAAAGGUACUAGUGACCCAAACGACAAAGGCGAGGGAGUAAUCGCCGGGGUGGUGAGCGGCGGCAGACGUGUAAAUUCCGAGCGCAGACCCUUCUUCACAAGGGUCACCAGCCAUCUGAAAUUCCUUAAAAAUGAAGCAACGAUAACCACGCCUUUGCUUUGUAAUAUUUUUGUGUCGCAAAUUAUAUCGAAUUUUAAUUGAUAUU